AUGACAUCUAUACCACCAGAACCAUUAUCAGCGUUAAUACUUCCGGAAAAUAUUCUCGAUUGGAAUCAAACACAUGUACAUGAUUGGUUGAUUAGUCAUGGUUUGCUGCACAUGUCUCGUUUAUUUGUUAAUUUUAAUGGUCGAAGUUUGAUGUAUAUGAGUGAAAUCAUAGAAAAUGUUGAACUUAAACAAGUUAUAUCUUUAUUACAAGAUGAUUCUCUUCAACGAACAAGUCAAAGUUUAUCAUUAGUUGAAUUAGCUCAUUUACGAUCUCUAUUGAAUCAACAAAAACAAUCUUUGACAUCUACUAUCGUUGCCAAAUCUACAAAAGUUUAA